AUGAAGCUGGACACGAAAUCCAUGCGCCACCUCGCACCUGAGGAUUGGCGGGUGCUCACAGCGGUGGAAAUGGGCUCCAAAAACCACGAAAUCGUCCCGACAGCCAUGAUCGACAAGAUCGCCCGCCUGCGCGGCGGCAGCAGCGGCGUGCACAAGUCCAUCUCCAACCUCGCAAAGACGGGGCUCAUAGGCCGGAUCAAGGAAGCAAAAUACGACGGCUACCGCCUGACAUACGGCGGGCUCGACUACCUCGCGUUACACACCUACUCCUCGAAGAAACAGAUCUACAGCGUGGGCAGCCGGGUCGGCGUGGGCAAGGAGAGCGACAUCAUGAUGGUGGCGGACGACAAGGGGCAGCAGAAGAUAUUGAAGAUACAUAGGCUGGGGCGCAUAUCAUUCCGCACGGUCAAGACGAACCGAGAUUAUCUGAAGAAGCGGCAGGGCGGCUCGUGGAUGUAUCUGUCGAGGCUAUCGGCAAUGAAGGAGUUCGCGUUCAUGCAAGCCCUGAGGGAGGAGGGCUUCCCCGUCCCUGAGCCUAUUGCGCAGUCAAGACACACCAUUCUCAUGUCAUUCAUCGACGACUCCUACCCAUUACGACAGAUUUCAGCCGUUCCCGACCCAGCAGGCUUGUACGCGGAGCUAAUAGCCAUGAUUCUCCGAUUGGCAAAGCACGGACUCAUACAUGGCGAUUUCAACGAGUUCAACAUUCUCAUCAAGGAGGAAAAGGCAGACGACGACGAGGACCAGGAAGACUCUGUAGGAGCCGCUGUAACGCUAACGCCCAUCCUCAUUGACUUUCCACAAAUGAUCUCCAUGGACCACCAGAACGCCGAGAUGUACUUUGACCGCGAUGUCAAUUGCCUAAAACGGUUCUUCGAGCGGAGGUUCCAUUUCACCAGCACUGAACCUGGCCCUUUCUACAAGGAUGCGAGGAAGACCGUGGGGCAAGACGGCGCCAGAAAGAUUGAUGUUGCAGUCGAGGCUUCGGGUUUCACAAAGAAGAUGUCUAAUGAUCUCGAGGCCGCCAUAAGAGAACAGACUGGCUCAAGAGACGAGAGUGGGGAUGAGUUUUCUGAAGAUGAAGAUGGCCUAGACUCCGAAGAAGAAGCCGCCACGAGCGGUGAUGAGGGCGAGCCCGAUAGCGGAGCCGAUCAAGAAUCCGAGCUUCAACAAGGCGCCCAAGACGAGAAACUUGAUGACAUGGCAAAAUUAGAGAUCAAAGAUACUUCAUGA